AUGGGUGACGCUCCCAAAGAUGCGCCUUUCCAGGCCGUCCAGGUCGAGGCUCUGGUCAUCAUGAAGAUUGCCAAGCACUGCUCCUCGGCCUUCCCUUCUAUCGCCACCGGCUCGAUCGUGGGUAUGGACCAGGACGAGCUUCUGGAGAUCACCAACACGUUCCCUUUCCCGACCGUCGACCCCGCUACCACCGAUGGCCACCAGAACGACGCCUCGGCACUCGCCGCUGCCGCUCCCCGACAGAAGGCCAACAUCGCCUACCAGAACGAGAUGAUCCGACACCUUAAGGAGGUCAACGUGGAUGCGAACAACGUCGGCUGGUACACGAGCGCGACCAUGGGCAACUUUGUCAACCUGAGCUUCAUCGAGAACCAGUUCCACUACCAGAAGGACAACGAGAACACCGUCGCCCUCGUCUACGACGCCAGCAAGAGCUCCCAGGGUAACCUGACCCUGCGGGCGUUCCGCCUCACCCCCGCGUUCAUGAACGCUUACAAGGAGAACAAGUUCACCACCGAGAACUUGCAAAAGACCAAGCUCUCCUUCAAGGACAUCCUCGCCGAGGUCCCCAUCAACGUCCACAACUCGCACCUCCUCACCACCUUCCUCCACCAGAUCCCCUCCGCUCCCGUCAGCGGCGAUAUUGAGCAGCCUUCGUCGCUCGCCGACCUCGAGCGGGACGGUGUCAAGCCCCCGCUGUACCCCUCCAUCGAUACCCUUGACCUUGCGAUCGAUCCCUUCCUCGAGAAGACCUGCGAUCUCCUGCUCGAGAGCAUUGAGUCGCACUAUACCGACCUCAACAACUUCCAGUUCUACCAGCGACAGCUCGGCCGUGAGCAGGCCAAGAUCACACAAUGGCAGACCAAGCGCAAGGCUGAGAAUGCCCAGCGGGCCGCGGCCAAGCAGUCUCUUCUGCCCGAGGACGAGUGGCAGCGGCUGUUCAAGCUUCCCCAGGAGCCCAGCCGGCUGGAGGGUAUGCUGAACGCGAAGCAGGUGGAGCAGUACAGCAAGCAGGUGGACGGCUUCACGGCCAACGUCAGUGCCAAGAUGUUUGCGGUGAGGGAGAACCUGUUGCCGAAAUAG